AUGUCAAACCAUACUACUCCUGGUGGUCCGUCCAACCCAGAUCAGACACAGCCCGGACUCACCCCAAACGAAACAGUUCUGGACCGUGUUGCCGAACAGCUAUCCAAUCUCCGACACAUCACCCGAAUCAUCGAAAUCAUACGUAACCGAGCUAACUUCGCGCAUCUCGCUUUCAGGACGCCCACCCAUGUACGAUGCCUCCAAGACCAAGAUCUUAAUGAGGCGGUCCGCUCGAUCCGCAUUAUGUUCGAAUAUCUCCGCGCUAUGCCCAUCGUUGGGCAGCGUCGCGUCGAGUUCCUAGAGUCCAUGACUGACAUUUGGCCUCGGCUUCACCUGAUAAUUCGAGAUUUGGAGUAUAUGUUGUUGCACCCGGCCAGCAGUCAUCAUGACCUUUCGAAACGUUAUCAGUCAAUUUUGAGGAUAUUGCGAAUAGGUUCGGUCGUGCUAUGA